GUUCACUGGUGAAUCACUCUGCACAGAGCUCCAGAUCUCAGCGCUCCCGGACACAUGGUUUAAAGUUCGGGUGCGAAUAAAACAACAAUAAACGCGAAUAACGUCGUCUCAGUGGGAAGUAAGGUGGAUUUUUACAACGCGAAAGUUUUGUGUUUGUGUAGGAAAAUACUUCUAGUCUUUCGGAUGUACAGUUUUGCAGGUUUGCCCCAGGAUUUUGGAUGGAGGAAUAGAAUAUUCUAUUAUUUACUCUAGUAGAUUGUAAUUGUCUCUAUUUUGGAGAUGCGGUGGAUCUGGAUAGGAAUUGGACCACUGGCACUGUUGGUGUUGGUGAAACUGUUUUCUGCCAACAUCUGGAGGAGAGAACAGGAGUGUCGUGUGGCUGCGAGCGGAGGACGGAGAGAUUUACCUGUUCGAGCCAAACGCUACGCCAUCAACCCGCUGGGCUACAAGUGGGAGCACUUCAACAUCACCUACAAGAUCACAACGUUCCCCAACACGCUGAACAAAGACGACACCCGUAAAGCCAUCAGUAUCGCCUUCACCAAAUGGAGCGACGUCUCACCUCUGACCUUUACAGAAAUUACCAGCCCUAACAAGAGUGCUGAUAUCAUUAUUGGUUUCUACACGUUUAAUCACACAGACUGCUGGUGGUCUCCGCUGCACCCCUGCUUUGAUGGGCUGAACGGAGAGCUGGCUCAUGCCUUCCUGCCCCCGAGGGGGGAGAUCCACUUUGACAACCACGAGUUCUGGAUCCUGGGCAAGUCUCGUUUCAGCUGGAAACAGGGUGUAUGGCUAAAUGACCUGGUUCAGGUAGCAGCCCAUGAGAUCGGUCACGCUCUCGGCCUGUGGCAUUCACGUGACCCCAACGCUCUGAUGCACCCCAAUGCCACGUACACGGGGCAGAGGGACAUCGCUAAGGAUGACAUCUGGGGGAUUCAGCGUCUUUACGGCUGCUUGGAUAAGAAGCGUGUGUGUGACCCCUGGGCGCGGUUAGGUUUCUGUGAGAGUAGACGGAGUUUCAUGAAGAAACACUGCCCUCAGCGCUGCGACCUGUGUUAUGAGCCCCCGGAAGCUGGGUCUACUCCAACUCCUCCUCCUGCCAACGUCAAGAUCAAGAUGGUGCCUCGGGGAAAAGUAGUGGGCUUUCGCUGCGGGACCAAAAACACGAAAGUGCCUCCAAAAGUCAGGUGGUAUAAGGAUGGAGAACAGUUGCUGACCUCCAUCCCUGGCUACAUUUCCAUCAAAGAUCGCAAUCUUCGCAUCGUGGCUAACGAAUUCAACGAGGGGACGUACACCUGCCAGAUCCACCGGCGCGGCAGCAUCAUUUCAGCUAACUCGUGGGCUAUCAGGCUGAAACCGGAGAGUCCCUCGAACAACAGUUGAUGGUCAUAUAGUGUUGGAGAAGCUAUUACACUACCUCCUGUACUUUUGGCCACUCAGAACGACUCAUUACCUCACAUUCAGAGUCUCUCAGUGAAGGAUAUCAUGGACCAAGACCAUGACUCAAGCUGCGACACAACGGCUGUACGAUAGAAACAGACGCAUUUAGAGCUUUUUUUUAUAAGGAUGCACAUUAUUGAUUUAUUACUGCGUUUUAUUGCUGAACAGCAAUUUUGCAAAAAAGUCGUUUUUAUGCUAUCAAGCCCAUGACGUGAGGUUAGUGACCUAAGAUAGUAUUAUGGGAUAGCAUUUUAGAAAUUCUUUAUAUUUUUAAAGAGACGUCACGCAAAACAGCUUGGUACCAUGUCUCAAAGUGGCUCCAGUGUGUUUGUGCUACAUGCAGCCUGAUUGUUUCUCCUUUAUAUUACAGUUGACCUUUUUAGGUUUAUUAGAAAACUAGCAGUAAACACGAAGGCUGUACUCAGUGAGAAAAAAAACAAGGAGAUACAGAAAAGAAAAUACUGUGAUAGAAGCUAGUACUGAAUCGGACUUUAUCUCUAUAAAGAACAUCCGCACUUUUAUAUAUAUAUUAUAAUAUCUAUAUUAAAACAGGUUCAGUCAUCUAUUAUGGGGGCAACAAAGCAGCUGCCACAACUGCACCUUCUUUUUUUUUUAACUUGUAAUUAAAUGAAUGCAUCAUAAACAUAUAUUUGUUUAUUAAUAUCACAUUCACCUCACAGCUACAGGUCACCAGUUCAGUCCUGAGCACAGGUGAUGUUUUACCUGGUUUCCUCUGGGUCCACAGGUUUCCUCCAACGUCCAAAUAAUAUGCCAGUAACGUUUCUGAAGUCCGCUAUGUGUGAACGAGUGCGAAUAAGCCGCAGAUCCACGACAUCCCGAAACAAGAGACACAAGGUUGCCAUAUAGAUCAGUUUGUAAAUGUAUAAUUACUGUAAAUCACUGUAAUUAUUUACUUUAUUGUCGUCAGCCUGUUUGGAGCUGCAGGUAGUCUUAACACCUCACAGAUCCAGGGCCCAGGUUUUGAUCCUGAGCUAAGAUCUUCACAAUGACUGUUAACAUGUUCUGCUCACUAUCCUUCACCAAAAACAUUCAGGUGGCUCAGUAACUCCAAACUGGUUAAAGUUCUUAAAUACACUAAAUGGCUAAACAUUUUUGGACACCUCUUCAUCAAACCCACGUGUGACUAUCGAAUAUUCAUUUCCAGAUUUAUUCCAGCUUUGCUGUUAAAAUAAGCUCUUCACUUCCAGGAGCUUUUCCAUCUAGAUUUUGUUGUGUGGCUGUGGGGAUUUCAGCCCAAUCACAUUCAACCACAAGAUUGUUAGUGGUUUAUAGAAGUGACUGCAUAUAUUUAUUAAGUACUAGAUUAUUAUUUUGUUUCAUGACCAUUCUAAAACAAAUGACUCUGUAGUUAGGAAUUUCUUAGAAAUGCUACACAACAAGCAUCGAACAGAUCAACCGUCUGCUGGAUUUAUUUCAUGCUGUAAGACUACCAUGCUGAAAUCUAAAAUGAGUGUGCUACUAAGCUACAAAUGGUCUGCCGAUGUGCAAAGACAGAUGCUGCAGAGCUGAAAUCAGUGCCUUCGUUCAUCCAUCUGCAGACUUGGACACGUAAGAAUUUGUCAUCGACAGAACCGUUCUAUUUUGAGGAAAAAAGAUUCAACUGAUUAUAUUCAUGCUGGAAGAGUCAUCGUGUCAGAGGGUUUUUAUUCUAUUACUUCUGCAUUCCAAGUGUCUGCAUAAAUACAGUACAAUACUGUACACACACUUACAGCAUUUAGCAGACACCUUUAUACAGAAUGACUUACAUUUUAUCUGAUUUUAUACAGCUGAGCAAUUGAGGGUUAAGGGCCUUGUUCAGGGGCCCAGCAGGGGUAGCUUGGUGGGCCUGGGAUUCCAGGAUCUGUGCCAUAUUGCAGCACUGUGUUCAGAUGCCUUUUUGCCAACACAGUCAGUGAGAAUCCUAUUGGAAUAGUUUGGGGGAAAAAAUACAAGUUUCCCCUUAUAACAAGUGUAAUGUAGUGUAUGAAAUGUAUGACUUUUUGUAUAGGAGCUAUGCAUCUUAUUUAGUGAAUGAAGACGCCCCCUACCCAAGUCUGAUCCUUACAUAAAGAGACCGUACUAUGUGCUAUAAAAAAAGUCAAUCUGCAUUUCAGCUCUGAAAUGUGUACACUGAACAA